AUGUCGAGAAUCACCGCUCCCGCCUCAAAACUGUCCCGCGCCAUCUUGGACUCCCAGCGCAGCUCUGGCGCGGUCCUGAUGCCCAAGUACGACGAGCUCCUGCGCACCCGCCGCGCCGACGAGUCUCGUCACAUCACCACCACCCACCGCCCCACCCCUCAACCCUCCAUCGCCAACCGCGCCCGGCCUCUGAUGCAGGGCUUCCACUCAUCCACGCCCAGCCAGACUCCCUCCGCCCACCUCGACGCAACGGUGCUCCCUCCGCUGCACCCGGUCCCGGUGUCUUCGGAGCCCCUUCCCCGCAUGCCCCUCCUCCCGGACAACUACGGCGCCUACCACGCCUCGCUCUCCGACGCCGCCGACCUCAGCGCCCGCUUCCACGCCGGCGCCAUCGUCGCCUCCGACCCGGACAACGUCGUCCCCGGUGCGCCCCUCGCCGCGGUUGAGGGCGUCACCAUGGACGGCGUCGAGCUCAAGUUUGCCCACGAGCAGCCCCAGGAUCAGGACCAAAGCACCCUCAUCGUGGACCUGUGGCAGGGCAUUGUCGACGAUGUCAUGGGCAGCCAGAAGAAGACCGCCUGA